ACACACACACACACACACACACACACACACACACACACACACACAUUCGUACGCACUGAAACAACUUCCGUACCUCACGAAAACAUAUUUAAACAGAUGGAAAAAACUAUCGCAGAACACAGUGUCACGUAGCAACUGGUCUUUACGGUCGUUUGAAACAACAGGUCAGUUUGGGGGACAAAAGGAGGGUUCAGUUUUUACUGACUUCCCAUCUGACAGUUUAAAUGUUUAUGACCGUUUGAAUCAACAGGUCAGUUUGGGGUACAAAGGAGGGUUCAGUUUUUAUGGGAGCUUGAGAAUUUCGUAUGAAUAGAAACUGGCCACCCAUUUGACCGUUUAAAUGUUUACGACCGUCUGAAACAACUUCCAUACCUCACGAAAACAUAUUUAAACAGAUGGAGAACUAGAGCAGAACACAGUGUAACCGCGAUUUGCAAAAUGAAAGGUAAUUUCUUUUUUUUUUUUUUUCAUUCCUUGUAACACGUCUGUUUAAUGUUACUAUAAUAAGUAUUUAUUCGAACUAAAAACAGUCGAACAUCGAGUUGAAAUUCACCCACCACCAAGGGAUCUCCUAACAGAGUCUCCAAUCCUUUUGUCCGAUGACGACGAAGUGAAAGACGAAGAACUUUGUUUGAUCGAUCUUACAAAGUUGGAAGAUGAUUAUCGAGAGGAUUCGCCGGAAGAGACCAACGCGAUCCCUUUAACCCAAUCGCAGUCUGAUUUUCCGUUUACAUCUCUUGCUCACUGGUCUCCCUUAACGCUGGAGGGUCCGUCAACGGCCAUUCCAGGCAGAGGAGAAGGCUUGAUUGCGCCAAAGACUCCAGACAUCGAAUCCUUGCUCCGUGGGGAAAUCAUCGAAAACGACGGUGAAUGUCCAACAGGCACCCGCUGCAACAAACGCAGGAGGAAGCGUAGAUGCGCCCGCCAGCUCGACAAACAUGAUAGAAACAGAAGAAGGCUGAAACAGUACUAUCGUAUACUGGCUCGCACUCUCAUGAAGAUGGCAGACAUGAUUUGAUACAUACUGGUUUGUUAUAUCUGUUCCAUUCGAAUUAUUUUUUCUUUUUUUUCUUUAGAGAAAUAUAAUGGGUGUAGUUCCAUCUGAAUUAGAUGUAGUUAUUGAAGAAGAUGAAGACGUUUGUAAUCAUCAUUUAGAUCCAAACAACCAGAUAGAAUGGGAACCAAACAAUGAUCCGUCUUUGCAAGAUGAUAUUAAUGUGUUAAAUUCAAACACAAACACACAAGCCUCUACACAGCAUCACGAUGUGUUGGGAGGGGCGACACCCUCGGGGGAAUGUUUGGAUUUUUCGGAGGUGGUGGGGGUCAUGCAGAACCAACCGUCAACGGCUGACCAAUCAAUUUCAAAUGAGACCCAGAGGGGUGAUGGGGUAAAUGUCUUGAGGAGGGAAACAUUCAACAAUAUACAACUAUCCAGCGUUUUAACUUUUCCUCAAAACAACGAUGUAACAGAUUACGCCACAUUUUACCGCGGAGUCUUGGGGAGCCUUAAAAAGCUGACACAGAUGGUAACUAAGGAAGCUAGACCCGGCGAUAUCAUUCAAUUGGAGUUAUCCGGUGAAAGUGCAAAUCAACACACUUCAUUUACAUUUCGAAACGAUGCCGGGGCUGUGAUGAAUGCUUUUCAAGAUGUGUUAGAUCUGUUGGUACAAUCAAACGUUGAAAUAUUGAACGAUGAAGAAAUACAGGUGAUGGUCCAGGUGAUACAUAACCCUCGAGGUGGUGUAAGAAGAAAAAUCGAAACCCUUUUGGAACAUGAAAUCCGCAGAAAAAAAGCUCGUUAUCUUUACAAUCCAUUAAACUCGAAUAAUCAACUAUGUUUUGCCAUUAGCCUAGCAAGUCUGUUACAUCCUGAAUUUACAGAUAGCCAGGCUGUGGCGGAGGCUGAAAAAAUACAGAGAAAAGCGGGCUUAGACGAACAGACUUCCGUCACUUUCAGUCAUAUUCGUGAAUUUGAAAAAGUGGUACGUCGUAAAAUUGUCAUACUGUACAGAGAAGAGGGCCAACGACCCCUCUCACGGUUCGAGACGGAUUACCCCAAAUCAGAAAAUCCGUUGUAUCUGUAUUUAUCUCAGAAUCAUUACAGCGGUAUCAUUAACAUUAAAGGUUUUUUGUCAAAACCGCACGUUUGUCACUACUGUUACCAAGGGUACGACAAACCCGACAGACACAAAUGCGACGGCUAUUGCUUGGUCUGUACACAAAACGGGUGUGUAAAAAUAGAGGGGAAAACUGUGCUUUGCAGGGAUUGCAACAUGUGGUGUCGUUCUCCUGCAUGUCUCCUCAGACACAGGGUAAAACACCGGGUUAUGGAAAAACUCGUCAGCAACUGCGAUCGGCGAAAGAAAUGCCUUAAAUGCAACCUAUUUUACGAUGUACCUGUGGCUACAGGUAUCGCUAAACACACGUGCCCUAAGUUAAAAUGUCAAAUAUGUAAAGAAGAGCUACCUCGCAGUGACUCAGAGACACCUGAAACACGACAUCUUUGCUAUAUACAACCCCAACCACGUGAAGUAAACCACAAUGAUAAUAUCAUAUUCUAUGAUUUUGAGACGUUUGUCGAUGACAAUCACACUCACAUUCCCUUUCUAGUCUGUACCAAGACGCUGCAAGGAGAAGAGUGGUGUGCUUUUGGACUGGAUUGUGUUACAGUUUUCCUCAAUCAUUUCAGGAAACCUCGUUAUCUUAAAUCUACAUUUAUAGCCCACAAUUCGAGAGGAUUUGACGGUUACUUGAUUCUGAGAGGCAUGGUACGGCUGGGUAUAGCACCCUUAAUUAUCAUGCAGGGGAGUAAAGUUCUCUGUUUUAAAGACCCUGAUUUUUUGCAAAAAUACAUUGACUCGCUUUCCUUCCUUACCAUGCCGCUUAGCGCUAUGCCAAAAGCGUUAGGACUCGGUGAUUGCUGGUCCAAGGGGUAUUUUCCUCACAAAUUUAGUUCGGAGGAACAUUUAAAUUAUGUCGGAAAAUACCCCGCAAUCAGCAAUUACGGUGUAGAACGCAUGACACCUGUUGAACGCACCAAGUUUGAGACGUGGUAUCAAAAUGAGAAAAGCGAGGUCUUUGAUUUUCAAAAACAAGCGGUACACUACUGUAAAAACGACGUCAAUGUUCUUCGUGAGGGUUGCAUCAAAUUUAGAGCCGAGUUUACGAGCGAGACGGGUGUUGACCCCUUCUCCCGUAUCACCAUAGCCUCGGCCUGCAUGAAGGUGUUUGUGACUAAUUUCCUCGAGCCGCGUUCUCUAGCCAUACCUUCCCCGGAUAACUACCGAGGGUUGUGUAAAAAAUACUCACACACCAGCAUCCAAUGGUUAGAAUGGGAGUCGCAUCGUCGUGGUAUUUUCAUUCAGCAUGCUUUAAACAAAGGCGAAAAACAGAUGGGGGCAUACUUUGUGGAUGGGUUUGCUAUAAUCGGUGGCAAACCAUUCGUCUGGGAAUUUCAGGGGUGUUUUUAUCACGGAUGCCCGACGUGUUUCGAACCCGGUGCUGUAUGCCCUUUGACAAACACACCGUUCGAGGAGUUGCACAAGGCUACCGAGAAAAAAAUGAAAGCGUUAAAGCGUGACCACAAGGUCAACAUCAUCGUCAUCAGAGAGCACGAGUGGAAUGAAAUGAAAAAAUCAAACCCUAGGGUAAUAGACUUUCUCAAAACACGCAAUUACCCCGCACCUCUCAUGCCUCGAGACGCUCUUUAUGGAGGUAGGACAAGCGCCUUUUGCUUGAGGCACACGGCGGGUGAGAACCAGCGUGUAUUGUAUGAGGAUGUCACCUCUCUCUACCCGUACGUCAACAGCGCAUUUCCUUACCCCCUGGGUCAUCCUGUCAUCAUCCACACGGAUUUUGACGAUGUUGGAAACUAUUUCGGUCUGGUCAGAGCCGUUGUUCACCCUCCUCGAGGUCUCUAUUUCCCUGUGCUACCCUACAGAACGGUCAAGGGUAAACUAGUGUUUACACUUUGCCGCACAUGCGCAGAAAACAAUAACCAGCAGGAACCCUGCGAACAUGAUGAGGAAGGAAGGGCAUUGACGGGAGUCUGGGUCACGCUCGAAUUCAACAAAGCUUUACAGUUGGGAUACAGAGUCGGUAAGAUUACGGAGGUGUGGCACUUUGAAGAACGGAGCGAAACCGUUUUUACGGGUUAUGUUCAAACUUUCCUAAAGGGUAAGCAAGAAGCUUCAGGGUAUCCCAAAGAAGCCGUCGAUGCAGAAAGCAGGGAAAAGUACAUUCGUGAAUAUCGUGAAAAUCAGGGAAUACAGCUGGAUGCUGAAAAAAUCGAACCCAACCCUGCCAAGAGACAAAUGUCAAAACUCUGUUUAAACAGCCUUUGGGGAAAGUUUGCGGAGAGGUGCAAUAGAACUCAGACCACCUUGGUGAGAAAAAGUGAAGUAUUUUUCGACUUUGUAUUUUCAGGAAAAUAUCAGGUUGAAUAUUUUUCCUUUCUCAACGAGCAAAUUGCUAUGGUGCAAUGGCAAUACAGUAAAAACAGCGUGGUGCUUCCCGGUAACACAAAUAAUGUAUUUGUCGCUGCUUUUACCACCGCUUACGCACGUUUGAAAAUGUACGGUUACCUAGAGGGGUUGCAAGAGAGAGUUCUUUACACAGACACCGAUAGUUUAAUCUACACGGUAAACGAGGGGGAAGUUUCUCUGGAGACGGGGUCCUAUCUAGGCGAUUUGACGGAUGAGUUGGGAGGAGACAGCAUUCACGAAUUCGUCUCCGCCGGUCCAAAGAGUUAUGCCUACCAUACCCUGCAGGGUAAAAAAACUGUGCUGCGUGCCAAAGGAAUCACUCAAACCCGCGAGUGUUGUGAGAGGGUCAACUUUGACAGCGUUAAAGAUUUGGUGGAGGGCUAUCUGGAGGAAGACAAAACAGGUGCGAUCUACACCCCUCAUCACCAAAUUGUUCGUGAUAAAAGGGGGUUCCUUUUAAAUAACUCGUCUUUCGAAAAAAAGUUUCGAGUGGUGUAUGACAAAAGACGUCUCUUUCCCGACGGGAAAACUUUACCUUUCGGGUAUUAGAGAGGAAAUGGAAAAAAUGGAACGAGUAGACUUUGAUCCCAGAUUUCAUACACCUUUUUCAUGCCUGGUUGUAGGACCUAGUGGUUGCGGAAAGACUUUUUUUGUAAAAUGUGUAUUGGAAAAUUGUGAACACGUCAUGAAUUCUAUACCCGACAACAUUGUGUGGAUUUAUACAUCUUUCCAACCCAUGUAUGCUGAAUUAAAAAAGAUGAAUAAAAAAAUAAAAUUUGUUGAA